AUGGACCCUAUCAGCAGCAACAUCAAGGCUACGCUGCGUAAAGGUUUAGAUGACAUCGGCGCCCCGGGCCCCUUUGCUUCGGCCGCGAAGAUCCCUCAAUUCGCCGAUCCGCACAUAUGGGUGGGACAGCACGGACCCAUUGCGCUGCCUUUGAACGAACACGAUGCGCGCGUUAUUGUGCAAGCUAGCCAUCAGGCUCCGUUUGGGAAAGGAGAGGCGACGGUUGUGGAUGAAAGUGUAAGGAAGACAUGGGAACUUGGACAUGAUGCGUUUGAGAUUCGCAAUGCGGAGUGGGAGGGAGUGGUAAAGGACGCUGUGAAGGAUGUUGCGAGGCAGAUUGGGGUGAGGGAGGGAGAGGUCGGGGCGGAGUUGUAUAAGAUGUUGCUUUAUGAGAAGGGAGCUCAUUUCAAGGCGCACCAGGACAGCGAGAAAGCGCCCGGAAUGUUUGGCACGAUGGUUAUUUGCUUGCCGUCGCCGCAUACUGGGGGCGAGGUGAGGUUGAAGCAUUUGAGCGAGAAGAAGGCGUAUGCGACGUCGAAGGUGGAUCAUUGCUACCUUUGGUGGUACUCUGAUGUUAUCCAUGAGGUGCAAGAGAUCACUUCAGGAUACAGAUGGGUCCUCACGUACAAUCUCGUUCGAAAAGGCUCACGCGCUGAUCUCUCUACGCUGAGGUACGAGUCUAGCAUUCUCCGAAACACGGUCGGCCUAUGGAAAUCCCACCACACGAGCACGUUGACGAACGACUUUGGCGAGCUCAUAUAUGUCUUGGAGCACAAAUACACCGAAGCAAACCUGAAGAUGGACCUUCUGAAGAGUCAGGAUCUUGGCCGCGUUAUGGCGCUAAAGCAGGCCUGUGAAGCCAACGGGUUUUCGAUCUUUCUCGCAGCACUUGAACGACAGAUGUACGGCGGAGUGGAGUAUGACUAUGAUGAGUACGAUCGCCGGCGGGGUCGAUAUGGAAACUACUACGGUGACGAGGACGAUGAGGGCGAUGAGAGUAGAGGAGAUGGCCAGUACCAUGAUCUUACGGACAUCUAUGAGGAUGACUACGCUAUCAAGAGUCUCAUGGACCUUCAGGGUAUGCAGGUCAUGGAGGACAUCAAUAUUAAUGCUACGGAGAUCAUUCAAGACAAAGCAUUUGAAGGUGCUGAUCCAGACGAGGAAGACUACGAAGGUUUCACAGGGAAUUCAGGGGCGAGUGCUAGGCACUGGUACAGGAAGACGGCAGUCGUUAUCAUCCCGCGACACCGUGCAAUAGAUUUCCUCAUGGGACCCUUCAAGAACUCUAGAGGCUAUCGUCUCAACAAAGAUGGUGGCAUAGCUAGUCUUAUUGAGUACCUGGCCAGUCAGUUCGCAAAAGAUCCGAUGGCACAAACCAUCAAAGAGGGUCUCCGGAGCGCUUGCCAGCUUGUUUUAUCCAAAAACACCGAUUGUAAGAAGGAUGGACAAGUACGGACCUACGAGAUGUUUUCCGACAGCGUCAUCAGCUGUGUAGUCAAGGCGAGCCUGGCUUUGGUUGACCUUAACAUCUUCGCGAAAGCUUUCGAUUGCUAUCAGAUUCGUACGCCCCCGGAAAUCUUCCUUGAAAUGGGGAAAGCGCUUGAUUGGAUCAGUCUUGCAGACAUGAAGCCAGGUCUCAAUCGCUGCAACGCCCAUUACGUUGAGAUACAUCUUCAUGUCAACGCCUUUCGCAACUUUCUCGGAGGAAGUUUCACGAACGAGUCGCUGCACCGCAAUCAAGAAUCCGGACUCACUGCGUGGGUCAUGGAAGAGCUCGAGAACUUCCUAGAGGAUGUUCAAACAGUGUCCAUACUUGACGCAGGACCUUUGCUAGAAGUUGCGUUGGCUCAGGACAGCGUCUCUCAAUACCUCAAUGACAAGAUCAUUCCCGUCGUUGAGCGCCACAUUAGCCGGACGCCGUUCGUCAUUGCUUUUAUUAACGCUGUAUGUAAUGUUGCAGAAGACGCUAUAUCGGAAGACGAGACUCUAGCGAUAUUCAAGAAGCUAGUGCCACUGAUAGGAAAGAACUUCGUUCUCGUCGCAGACCAAGACGAGACAUCUUCAGUAAACAAACGCCAACGGACAGCUUAUGAGCCCGCAUCUCCACACGGGAAAAUAGUUGAUGCCCCUCCGUCCAUCUCGGCGCAAGAACUCCACGACUUCCUUGAACACUGCUUCGCACUAUCAUUCCAUGAUGAUGUGCAAGCCAUUCUCACGGCCUUUUCAACCGCUUCGGUCAAACGGGAAGAAUACAACACGCUCGUCAUUCCUCUCCUAUAUCUUUUGACCUCUCUCCUCCCAAGAUUCUCCAUCUCCCUUGGCUCUACGCAUACUCAGGAAGUAUUCCGCAUAACGCUCUUAAACUAUCUCACUCACUUCGUCAGUCAUGAGCCCCGCAAACCGCAAGACUGGGCCCGUCCUACCGUUACCCAUUGGUGCGAAGACUGUAUCUCCCUCAACCGGUUCCUGAGCAACCCAAAUGCACAAGAGGGCCGCUUCUCCCUGAACGAAAAGCGCCGAAAUCACCUUGACCGACAGCUGAGCGCGAGCCACUGCAAGCGCGAGACAGAGCGCAUGGGCAUUCCAUACACGCUGGUGGUUACAAAGACGAACCGAGGUCAUGAAGAGCUCUUGGCCGCAUGGAAGCAGCGCGUCAAGCUCGCUAAGACUAAGAUCAAAGGACUCGGAGAGCUCGAGCUGAAAGAGGCGCUGGGAGAUAGCUAUGAUAGCAUCAUGCAGCUCAGAGCGAUUCGACUCAAGUAUUCUGGGGGACCUGCCCGAGCCCAAGCUCAGCUACCGCAGUUGCAGGGCUCGCGGCUCAAUUCAGGGCUCGGCGGAGGAAAGGAGAAGUAUCCAUGGAUGGUUUCUGGGCAGCCUAGAGAUGCGACGGGAUCGGGGCUUGGGACAUUUGCUCUGGGCCCUGUCUCCGGAAACGUGGUUCCUGGCAGGACGUCGCAGACGCCAAUGGCGAUCGCGAACGUCUUGAACGCGCCGAACCAGGGAUCUGGAUCGCUGAAGCGGAAAGCCGAGGAUGAUUUUGUGGAUCUGACUGGCGAUGAUUGAGCGAGCCCCGAGGCUGUCAAGGAUGCGAUGUGUACUAUAUAUAGUACUUGAUUAGUACUGGGCUGGGUUCUUGGUUCAUCUUUGAGGGUGGUUUGGAGUCUGUCGAGGGCGAAUAAUGCGAAUAUACCCUGGGCUGUGUUUGAUAACGUAGAUUAAUAAGAAUUCCUGGAUGGACUAGACUACCU